CAGGCUGGAGCCAGAAGCUGCUGCUCUCAGUCCUGGGCGGUUUUCUUGCAGUGGCCGGAGCACCAGUUUAUGAUCCCAAGAUGUACAGGACAAUAAUCAUCGUGAUCCUUUUGUCAGGUUAUAUUUCUCCAAGUGCCAUCUUAACUUCUGCCCAAGAAGCAGAAACUGAUACUCAAGGUGUGCCUCCCAUAGAGGAAACAACACGAGCCACUGCUAUUGAUAAAGUGGAAAGAGAAGAAUUUCCUGUUACUAGACGCCAACCCCUCCCAGAAGGGGAGACAGGAGGAAGGAAACAAAUUGAGCACAUGUUCUCAGAACCAGUGAUUACAAUCAUCAUUUUUGGGGUGAUGGCCGGUAUCAUUGGAAUCACCCUCUUUAUUGCUUUCUGUAUUGGCCGGCUAAGGAAGUAGACUACUCAAUGAUAAUCUGUUCCCUGGAAGAUUUUUGGAAGAAUUUCGGAAGAGUUCAAAGAGAGAAGACUUUAAUCACGUGAAAGAUAUGCAUGCAUAUUAGACACACCAUCAAAUUAUAAUUUAGCGAUGUUGUAGGCUACCAGGAUGAGAGUUUCAUCAUGAAGAGCUCGGUGACUCUAUGCUAGAAAAUGCCGCCAGUCACUGACGUUUCCAAAUGAAGAACAAACAUUCCCUUUAAUGUUUGUUUUUUGUCUAUUAGCAUAAGUUCUAGAAUAAAUUCAGAUGAAAUUCUGUUCCAAAUCUUCAGAUGACUUCACCUGCCUUCUUCAAGAUUGACUUUGUCUGCUCUAUUGAACUUUUAAUAAAUGACAAAUGUAAAGUUGAUAAUAUUGAGAUUGAAAUUUAAGUUCCUGUUUUCUAAACUUAGGCAUCUAGUUUUAUUAUUUUAAGUAAUUUGAGAGGACACUAUAAUCCUAUCAUUCCCUUCAUUGCUGAAUAGGCAAUAUAGGAUAUUACACUAAUAAUAUUUAGUCCCCAUAAUAAAUCUUGUACUUAAAAAUGCUUUGUAUAUAUAUAGACUAGAUAUAGAUUUAAAUACAUAUAUGUACACAUACAGAUAGAUAGGUAUGUAUAAUGACUCCCAAGUUCACUCAUUAGUGAACUUUGUGUUGA